UGCAGUUGCUCGGAACAGCAAAUGUUAAAAAUCCGACAGAACUCCAGAGUUGUCAUGAUGAACACCGUUUAACAUAAUUUACAAUAAAGUUUCAAUUUUGCCGUACCGUUUAUGAAUAUCUGCAACGACGGAUGCUAAAGGAAGUUCGUCACCAGUCAACAGGGAAACGAGUUAAUAUGUAACACCGACUGUGUGAGUAACAGAUUCACCACUUUUGUGUUAUUUAUUCAUCUAUUUUAAUGACUUAUAUUACGGAACCUGUAAAUUUCUUAUGUCUGGGAUCUUGAUGUACGACGGAGAGCCUCAUCACGAAGGUGAUUGAUGCUGUUCACCUACAGCCUUGCCUCCAGUCAGGAUGGAUGAAGAAACUCUGGAGGCGGCCAUCGCCGCGUACGGUGCCCAGUUGCAGCAGGUGGAGACGGCGCUCGCUGCCGGCCUGGACCCCACCCAGCAGGCAGACCUGCUCAAGCUGAAAGAGGACCUCUGCCAGCUGAUCGAGCUCACCGAGGCCAGCCUGAUCUCGGUGAAAAAGAGCCGACUGCUGUCCCGACUGGAGGAGGAGGACAGCAACGGAGCGCAGAGCAACGCCGCAGAGGCAGCGGCUGAAUCGAACGGAGCUCUGGACACGGAGUUCGCUGCUUUUUACUCUGAACUGGGGGAGUGUUCAGGCAGCAGCCUGGACACCAGGGACAAGGAGGGGGAGAGUGGCCCGGUGUACGGCGAGGAAGACGAAGGGGAGGACGAGGAGGAUGACGAGGAGGAAGAUGCACUCGGUGGGACUAAAGUGAGAGCACCUUACCGGACGACGUGGGGGACGCUGGAGUAUCACAACGCCAUGGUGGUGGGAGCAGAACCUCCCGACGGAGAGGAGGCCCAAGUGAGGGUGCUUUACAUCUACCCCACACAGAAGUCCAUGAAACCGUGUCCCUUCUACCUGGAGGGCAAAUGUCGCUUUCUGGACAACUGCAGGUUUUCUCACGGUGAAGUGGUGCGUGUGUCGGAGCUCAGAGAGUUCCAGGAGUCUGACCUCAGUAAACUAGAAGACGGCUCGUCCUGCUUGGUCCGACACGAGGACGGGAUCUGGUAUCCGGCCAGGAUCACAGAAAUGGACAGCGGUUUCUACACGGUGAAAUUUGACUCCCUGCUGCUGAAAGACGCCGUAGUCGAAGCUGACGCCGUCAUCCCGCCUCUGAGGGAAGACGACCCGAUCUCCUCCGACUCCGACCCGGACGACGCCGCUGAUGGAGACACUGUCGGAUAUGCUAAAGUGAUGGACUCUGCUGCAGCGUCCGAAGCAACAUUUAACAGUACGAGCUUUGGUGGCUGGGAGGCGCACACCAGAGGCAUCGGAUCCAAGCUCAUGCUCAAGAUGGGCUAUGAGUACGGCAAAGGCUUGGGGAAGCUGCAGGAGGGCCGCGUGGAGCCGGUCAUGGCGGUGGUCCUCCCCAAAGGGAAGUCUCUGGACGAGUGUGCCGAGCUCACCCAGAGACGCAGCAGGAGCGCCGCCGCCAAGGACGGCUCGCAGCCGGGAGGCAGGAAGCGGCGCAGGAAGCCCCGAGUGACCACCGGAGGGAGACAAACCGUCUUCGACUUCCUCAACAACAAGCUGGGAGGCGAGAGCGGCGCCGGAGCCGCCGCGCCACCGGCAGCGGCGGCGGCUCUCUCCGGGGUGGAAGCGUACCGCGGCGGGAAGAGCGCCAAGAGGAGCCUGAACGUGCGGCUGUUCCAGGCCGCCGAGCGGGUGUCCCAGACCCAGAGGGAGAUCCAGAAGCUGCACGAAACCCUCGGCAGGCAGACGGGCAGGGACGCGUCCAGGGUGAAGCAGCUGGAGGAGAAGCUGUCGGCGGCCCGGCGGCUGCUGGAGCAGCAGAAAGCUCAGGAGCUGUCCAUCCAGAGAGAACACAGGAAGGCUGACACUCACAAGAAGAUGACGGAGUUCUGAGCCGGGAGGCGCCGGGAGCUCACCUCACUUCACCUCCUCCUCCUUCCCUCUCCUGUCCCUUUUUUAUUUCUCCCGGUCUCAUUUUUAAGGACUGAGCGGUUCAUUUGCUCAGCAUAAAUGUUUGUUUUCACUUAAUAAGUGAGUUUUAUUUGCAUUGAACUGUUUUUUCUCUCUACCACAACUAAAAAGAAGUGUUUGAAGAUUUUGUGCAUUUCUGUCUGUUCUUGAACUCCGGUGUAACAAAAAACCAAGCCGUCCUUUGUCUCGGCGUCUGGCUGGAGGAUUCCAUCUCUCCUCAGCCAGCAGCUGCCCCUCUGGUCAGCGCGGGAGUCUUUCACUUUCUCGUUGGUUUUUUAAGAUUGCGUCCUCGGGACUCGGGAGACCUUUUGCAGAGUUUUGAAGUCAAUCCCACGCCUCUUACGGCUCGUGCGGCGGCGUCUUUGAAGCAGCAGCCGUAACCUUUCUGUUAAAUAAUGAAUUUGGGGAGCAGCUUGUCUGCUCGUAAAUCUGACUCGCUCGCUGUCCGGGCACUGGCUGCAUCUGCCUUCGCCGUCUUCCAGGUAAAAAGGUUGAAAUCGUGCUGUUGGGAAGCUGCAGAUUAGAGUUUUGUCCUUGUUACGUCUUCAUUUUAUGAGCGAUUUGUCACAGGGAUGGGACUCGCUACAAUAACAGCGCGUGUGCCAGACGAGACGACUGAAGAUUCCCAGACAUAAACGCAGAGUUUAAAAAUUCAUUCAAAUUCCUUUAAAUGUGUCUCAUCAGGCUGAAGACAUGAUGUAUUUUUCAUGUUCCCACCGUCUGUCACAGGAGGUGGAACAUGUUAAACACAACGAAUCCGUUUAGACUUAAACCUGAGACAUCAGAACAAAAAAAAAAAGCAUUUUCUUCGAUAGUAUUUUCUUCCACAGUCCUUGUUUAUGUGUUUUUGAUUAAGCCAUGUGGGCCUAGACUGUUAUUGAGAUAACUACAGGUGGAGAGAGAACUGGAAGAAAACAGUUGAAAGUAUUAGGUACAAAAAAAUGUUUGACCACAUUCUAUUUUUUUCUUUUUUUCUUCUGUGACGCCAUUCUAAAUUAUUUAAAUCUAUUAAAUGCAUUUAUUCCUGCAUGCGCUCCCUGAGAUCCAGGUGUAAUUGAGCCUCUCAUAAAUCUAAAAACAGUGCAGUGUCAUUGGAAAACUACCCUAUUUCUAAAGAAGUUAAAUUGUUUUCAUUUUUGAUUGAAGUGGUUUAAAAUGAAAGGUAAGACUAUGAUCUCACGAGAUCUUCUGAUAUGUCUUUGCUUUGGAAAAGCUUGAAAGUUUUCAUUUUAUGCACGAUGAAUCUAAAAUAAAUGAUUCAGUUAUUCA